AUGAAGCUUUAUAGCCUUCAUGUCCUUUUAGCCCUCAUCUUCUUCUAUGAGCAACAUGUCUCCGCAUUUCAGAGGGGCCAGGUUUUAUCUGCUCUUCCUAUAAUCUCUAAGCAAGUUGAAAUUCUGCAAAAUCUUACUUCAUCAUACGAGAUUGUUCUCUGGCAACCCGUAAUGGCAGAAUUCAUUGCGAAGAAUAAAGAAGUUCAUUUUUUUGUGAAUGACUCGGAUGUAAGCAUCGUGAAAGCCCAUUUAAAUGUGAGCAGCAUUCAAUUCAAGGUCUUGAUGGAAAAUGUUGAAGAUCUCAUUCUACAGCAGACCUCCAAUGAUACAUUUAGCCCCCGGACCUUCUCAUCAUACUAUGAACAGUAUCACUCCAUGAAUGAAAUCUAUUCUUGGAUAGAAGUUAUAACUGAGCGGUAUCCUGCUAUGAUUGAAAAACUCCACAUUGGAUCCUCAUAUGAGAAGCACCCACUUUACGUUUUAAAGGUUUCCAAGAAAGAACAGACUGCUAAAAAUGCUGUAUGGAUUGACUGUGGAAUGCAUGCCAGAGAAUGGAUUUCUCCUGCUUUCUGCCUGUGCUUCAUAAACUAUGUAACUCAAUUCCAUAGGAAAGAAACGUUGCACACUAAUAUCCUGAGACACGUGGAUUUCUAUGUCAUGCCAGUGAUUAACGUGGAUGGUUAUGAGUACACCUGGAAAAAGAAUCGAAUGUGGAGAAAGAACCGAUCUUUUCAUGAGGGCAAUAGUUGCAUCGGAACAGAUCUGAACAGGAACUUUGCUUCUAAACACUGGUGUGAAAUAGGUGCAUCAAGUUAUCCGUGCUCAGAAACCUACUGUGGACCCUACCCUGAAUCGGAACCAGAAGUGAAGGCAAUGGCUGAUUUCUUGAGAAAAAAUAUCAACCACAUUAAAGCUUACAUAAGUAUGCAUUCAUACUCCCAACAUAUAUUGUUUCCAUAUUCCUACAACAGAAGCAAAAGCAAAGACCAUAAAGAGCUGUCUCAAGUGGCCAGUGAAGCUGUUCGUGCUAUUAAGAAUACUAAUAAAAAUACCAAGUAUACACAUGGCAGUGGCUCAGAAACCUUAUACCUAGCUCCUGGAGGUUCGGAUGACUGGAUUCAUGACCUGGGCAUCAAAUACUCGUUUACAAUUGAACUUCGAGAUACAGGCAGAUAUGGAUUCUUGUUGCCUGAACGUUACAUCAAACCAACUUGUGAAGAAGCUAUCGCUGCUGUUUUGAAAAUAGUCUGGCAUGUCAUCAAAAAUGUUUAA